AUGACCGUGUAUCAGGAGUGUUUACAGGCGUUCAAUGCCAGUCCCAUCCACGCCAAGCGGUGUAGACUGUUGUUGUCUCGGCUGCUGAGACUUUUGUAUGCGGGCGAGACUUUCCCCAAGACAGAGGCCACUAACCUGUUCUUUUCCACGUCCAAGCUGUUCCACCACAAUGACAGCUCGCUGAGACAGCUGGUGUAUCUGGCAAUCAAGGAAUUGUGCUCCUUGUCGGACGACAUUUUGAUGGCGACCGCUUCGAUCAUGAAGGAUAUCCAAGGCGGCGACAUUCUGUACAAGCCGAACGCCGUGAGAACGCUGGCGCGGGUUUUGGACGGCAGCACCAUCCACGCCGCCGAGAGGGCCAUGAAAAACUGUGUUGUGGACAAGAACCCCAACGUUUCGUCGGCCGCGCUCGUUUCGUCGUACCACCUGUUACCUGUGGCCAAGGACGUUGUGAGAAGAUGGACAAACGAGACACAGGAGGCCAUCUCCUCGAACAAGGUGUUUCCGCAGACCCAGUACAACAUGCACGAGCACUACGGCGCCAACAAGCUCCUCACAGCAACGUAUACCUACCAGUACCACGCGUUGGGUCUACUGUACCAUUUGAGAGACCACGACAAAAUGGCGCUGAUGAAGAUGAUCCAGCAGUUCAACACACAGCAGCCUUUGAAGAGCUCGCUGGCCACGGUGCAGCUGAUCAGGUACGUUGGCAAGCUGAUCGAGGAGGACUCCAACCUCACACAGACGCUGUGGCCGUUCUUCCCUGGCUGGCUCAAGCACAAGAGCGACAUGGUCGAGUUGGAGGCUGCCAGGACGAUAUUGUCGCUGCCCAAAUUCCUGCCGGAGCAGCAGAUGCAAGCCAUCAACACUUUGCAGACCUUGUUGUCGGUUCCAAGGACGGUGACGCGGUUUGCGGCCGUGAGAAUCCUCAACAAAAUCGCCAUGAAGAGCCCGGAGAAAAUCAUGGUGUGCAACUUGGAGCUGGAGUCGUUGAUCAACGACGCGAACAGAUCUGUGUCGACCUACGCGAUCACGACGCUGCUCAAGACCGGCAACUCGGAAAAUGUCGACAGACUGGUGAAGACGAUCAGCGGGUUCAUGGACGACAUCUCGGACGAGUUCAAGAUUAUCGUCAUUGACGCCAUCAAGACCCUGUCGCUCAAGUUCCCGGACAAACACAAGUCCAUGCUGAACUUCCUGAACGACGUGCUGAGAGACGAGGGAGGCUUCAACUUCAAGAACGCCAUCAUAGAGGCGAUCUUCGACAUCAUCAAGUUCAUCCCGCAAUCUAGAGAGCUCGCCUUGGAAAUGCUUUGCGAGUUCAUCGAGGACUGCGAGUACACGGAGCUCGCAGUUAGAGUUUUGCAUCUUUUGGGAGAGGAGGGGCCAAAGACAUCGAGCCCGACUCUGUAUAUCAGACACAUUUACAACCGUGUUGUUCUGGAGAACUCGAUUGUCCGGUCGUCUGCGGUUAUUGCGCUGUCCAAGUUUGCUCUCAUCGGCAACGACUCCAUCACAAAGAGUAUCCAGAUUUUGCUCGAAAGGUGUCUGCAGGACGUGGACGACGAGGUCAGAGACAGAGCUGCACUAUCCCUCAAACUGCUCUCUACCAAGGACAUCGAGCAGGCCAAGGACUUCAUCGCACCCACGUUCAAGUACUCUCUUCCGGUUCUUGAGCAGCAGCUCGCUCUCUAUGUCAACAACCCAGACAAGGAACACUUUGUCCAUCCGUUCGACAUCAAGGCUAUCCCUACAAUGACCGAGGAGGAGGCCAAGGCUGCCGAGUUCAAGGAGAAGACUACGAUCUACGACGAGCCGACCGCGCAAGCUCACGAAUCCUCGCCCGAGGAAGAAAAAGUGCCGGACUCGACCAAGCUUGCUCUGUUGCAACAGCAGUACGCGCAGGAGCUCGGUGCCAUCCCAGAGAUCGCUGCCUACGGACGUCUGCUGCACUCGUCUGCGGUUGUCGAGCUCACUGAGAAGGAGACCGAGUUCGUGGUCACUGCCGUCAAACACAUCUUUGAAAACCAUGUUGUUAUUCAGUACAACGUGCAGAACACGCUGACCGAGAUCCAGCUGGAAGACGUGUCGAUUGUGGCCCAGCCAGAUAACGAAGACUACAGUGAGGAGUUCCUCAUGCCGCUCGAUGUUCUCAAAGCCGGCUCGAGCGGGUCCAUCUACGUCUCUUUCACCAGACCAGAGGGCAUCGUUCCGGCCGUGUUUGGCAACACCCUGUCCUACACCACCAAGGACGUCGACCCGUCGACCGGCGAGCCUGCAGAGGGCGAGGAAGGCUUCCCAGACGAGUACCAGGUCGAGGAUCUCAGCAUUGUGCCGGGCGACUAUGUGGUUCCGGCGUUCACCGGCAACUUCACUCACGCUUGGGACGAGCUCCAAAACGAGAGUGUGGCCGUGUUCAACCUUGGCGACGCCGCCACCAUGGACCUCCAGGACGUUGUUCUGAAGCUGGUCAAGACGAUGUCCAUGAUGCCCGCUGAGUCGACGGACGUGGUGACCUCGGGCUCGAGCCACACGCUCAAACUCUACGGAAAGAGUAUUGGCGGCGACAAGAUUGCCGCCGUUGUGCGCCUGGCAAGCAGCUCCAAGGGCAUGAUGAUGAAAAGUCAGGUGAGAUCGAGUGACCCAGAGCUCAGCGAGCUCGUGGCCAACUACGUUGAGUAA